AAGUUUAGUAGUAUUCUUGUGAUGUGAUGCAUCAAAUCAAAUUAAUCAUUUAAAUAUUACAAGAAUAUGACAAACACACUUCAAUUUUCUCUUAACAAUUUAAUAAAUAAUUCAAUUUCUCCAUUCUCAUUUCUUUGAUCAUAAUCAAAUUUUAACGAUGGCAUCAUUCUGCCGGCGGUGUCCCGACGCCGGAGCCAUAAUACUUCCCGCCGGUGUUACACUCCGGCGAUCGGAGAUGACUGCCGGAGAUUACGGGAUCAGAUAUGGCUAUUCUCCACGGAAAACGAGACUGUUGAGAAUGAAGUUCACGGUGGUUGUCGCCGCCGGGGACGGCGGCUCACGGCGGAUAAUGGAGAAGGUGGGGCCAUGCAAUUACGCGGUGGAGGAUGGGAGUGUAGGGAAUGAUGACGUGGCGGGGAGGAGUGGGAAUAAGGCGGCGGAGGUGGCGGUGGCCGCGGCAGCAACGGUGGUGAUGGGUGUCGGAAACAGAGUUCUUUAUAAGUUAGCUUUGGUUCCUUUGAAACAGUAUCCUUUCUUCCUUGCACAGCUUUCCACUUUCGGAUAUGUGAUUGUGUACUUUGGUAUUAUGUAUAUUCGGCACCGUGCCGGCAUUGUUACUGAUGAGAUGUUAAGUUUGCCAAAGACACCAUUUGUUGUUAUUGGUCUUUUGGAGGCUCUUGCUGCUGCAACUGGAAUGGCUGCAGGAGCAAUUCUCUCGGGAGCUUCAAUUCCAAUUUUGUCUCAGACCUUUCUAGUGUGGCAAAUUCUCCUGUCAAUUAUUUUUCUUGGGAGAAGAUAUAAAGUCAACCACCUACUUGGAUGCUUUCUUGUCACAAUUGGUGUAGUUGUUACUGUAGCAAGUGGACCGGAUGCUGGAAAUUCAUUAAAGGAUGGUGGUUUAUUUUGGAGUCUUUUGAUGAUUGUUUCAUUUUUACUUCAAGCAGCUGAUACCGUUCUGAAGGAGCUAAUCUUUUUGGAUGCAAACAAAAAACUAAAGGGAGGCUCUGUGGACCUGUUUGUUGUCAACUCAUAUGGAUCUGCAUUCCAAGCACUAUUCAUAUGCCUUCUUCUCCCAUUCUUGUCAAAACUAUGGGGUGUCCCCUUCAGUCAACUACCAAACUACCUCAAAGAUGGUGCAGCUUGCUUCCUAAAUGUUGGUACAUUAUCAAGUGGAUGUGACGGUGCGCCUCUGCUGCCAUUGCUGUUUAUUAUUGUAAACAUUGGUUUCAAUAUUGCAUUGCUUCAUCUCCUGAAGAUCUCUUCAGCUGUUGUAUCUUGUCUUGCCUCAACAUUUUCAGUUCCAAUAUCUAUCUAUGUGUUCACACUUCAAUUGCCAUACCUUGGUGUUGCCUCAUCUCUUCCGACAGGCUUUGUGGCAGGGGCCAUAGUUCUCAUUAUUGGCUUACUCAUUUAUGCAUGGACUCCUUCAAAUGGCUCUUCAGGUGCUUCCUUCUCAGAGGGUUCCACCUAGAGAAGCUAGAAUGAAUUGAAACAAAUGAGUUGAGAUUCUACUGCAGAAGGUUCAACACUAAAAGUAGUGACAGAUUCAGGCCCAAUUUUCAAUGAUGACUACAUGAAAUAGAAAGGAAAAUGUUGUUGUUGUUGUUGUUGUUGUUGUAGUAGUAUAUAAUAUGUUUACUCAAUAAAUUGCUAGUAGGUAUUCAUGAAAAGCUUAAAAGCUCGAGUGAUAAAGAAAGAGUAGGGAUAGAAAAGUUCUCAAAAUCCAAUUUUUGUGUAAGCUGAAAAAGUAAAUAAAAGGAGAGUAAAAGUCAAUUUUGUUGACUAAGGAUGUACAAUUAUUAUGAAUAUAUAUAAUAAAUAUGUUUUUGGUCA